GAAGUUUAAUGAUGAAGGCAAACUGUUAUUCAAGUUUUCAGAGGCUUGGUUUGAUGCUUUCAAGUCAUGAUAUAAUAUUUCUCUUCAGCGAAUCACAAACAAGGCGUAAGAGCAUUGGGCCAUUGGGCAAAUGGAAGCUUAGUGGUAUUGCAAAUAUGAAUCAGACACUGAUAGAAUUUGACAUGUGUGCAAAAGGUGCAACUUAUGAAACCCGAGGAGCGAAAACUGUUUGGAUCAAAUCUAGUGGAUCAGGUCUUGAUAAGUGUCAAGCUACUAUACAACUCACAAUUUUUGCUGAUGGACUCAAACGUAUUCAACCACUAAUUGUAUUUCGUGGAAAAGGCUUACGUAUCUCUCAGAAAGAAAAAAGUUCUUGGGAUUAUCAAGUUAUAGUUCAAUUUCAGGACAAUGCUUGGGUGGACGAAAACAUAAUAAAGUACUGGAUAAAUCAUAUGUGGAAACCCUGGGUUUCUUUGGACAACACUCCUAACCUGUUAGUUGCUGAUGUGCAUCAUGCACAAAAGACCGAUAAAGUCCUUGACAUGUUAAAAGAAUGUAAUACUAUAACAGCACUAGUUCCACCAGGAUGUAUAUCACUUAUUCAACCAUUAGAUGUUGCAUUGAAUGCACAAUUUAAGCAG